GAUGUCGACGUCGACUAUCCAACCGUCUUCGGGGCUCCACUCCGGAUUUUUCCUCAGGGUUGUCUCCCAAAGCCUUUCCCGAAAAUAGGUAACCCACAAGGCAGUGGGGGUUUGAGAAUCAGGGUUUUCCGUCCCCUAGAUGGAUUGCCCUCCCAAGCUGACGAGCUCCAUCUACCCGAAGCAACUGGUUUUGAGGCGCCAGUCACACGCCUUCGCCCCUUCUCCUGUUAGUAGAAGCAGUUCCGCCAGGCUUUGAGUCGAAGCCAGGCGUGCAGGCCAGGAGUUGGACUUUGGUUGUCAGAGGCUCUUUGAGACGCAUGCCUUAUGGGAGCUUUUUAUAGGCAGUGGGAGCUUAUCCCCACCACCACCCCCUUUGGAACUGUUACCCAAUAUCUGCCCCCUAAAUAAACUGUCCUGAUGGUGUGACGUCCUGUUCUCUCUGCAAACGUGCGCGUGUCACUGGAAUAAGCCAUUUUGUUGAUAGGAAUUGGAAGUACCUGCUGUGUGAACUUUGGAGCCUUAUAGUGCACGCAGAGGGGCUGUGUGUGUGUGUAACCAACGAUGACGUCCCAGUCGCUGCCACCUCAAAUAGAGCCAGUCCUGAACAACGUUGAAAAUAGAAGAACCUCAAACAAGACAACAGAAAUCAACAAAGUUGACUUGCAUGCCAGGGGCCAAUGGGCCAGCAAAUCUGAGUUCCUUCUUGCCGUGGCAGGCCAGAUCAUUGGCCUGGGGAACGUGUGGAGGUUUCCGUACUUGUGCUACAAGAAUGGAGGAGGUGUGUUCUUUGUACCUUACCUUUUGUUCCUGGUGCUGUGUGGCAUUCCUCUGUUCCUCCUGGAGACUUCUCUGGGCCAGUACACGAGCCUAGGCGGUGUCAGCGCCUGGAGAACCAUUUGCCCAAUAUUAGGAGGGCUCGGCUAUGCAAGCCAGAUGAUGAUCCUGCAUGGAUGUGUGUACUACAUCGUCAUACUGGCUUGGGCUCUAUUCUAUUUAUCGUAUAGUUUUCAGGAAGAACUGCCCUGGUCACACUGUAAUAACUCGUGGAACACUGGUCAGUUAGUACAGUCGCUGCAAUCAGGUCCACGCGGAAGGCAUGAACUAUAUAUAAUACACGUAUUUGUGUGCUUCCCUGUAGAUGCUUGCUUCAUGUAUGACCAUCGUAACCAUACAGCCAAUGUAAGCAGCCUGCCUGAGAACACCACGUCACCUAUCAUGGAAUUUUGGGAGCGAGAGGUGCUCCAACUUUCCGAUAGCUUAGACGAGCUCGGUCCUAUAAGCUGGAAACUUGCACUGUGUCUUGCCCUUGUCUGGUUCGUUUGUUACUUCUGCGUGUGGAAGGGUAUUAAGUCCACAGGAAAGGUUGUGUAUCUCACAGCCACCUUUCCAUAUGUGAUGCUGUUUGUUCUGCUGGUGCGUGGUGUCACUUUGCCUGGAGCAGCCCAGGGAAUCAUCUACUACCUCAAACCUAACCACACUCGCUUGGCAGACCCGCAGGUAUGGAUGGAUGCAGGAACCCAAAUCUUUUUUUCGUAUGGAAUCUGUUUGGGGAGCCUCACAGCCCUUGGCAGUUACAACAAAUAUAACAAUGAUUGCUACAAGGACUCGUACUUUCUGUGCCUCCUGAACAGUAGCACCAGUUUCCUUGCAGGCUUUGCCAUCUUCUCAGUGCUUGGCUUCAUGGCGGAGGAGCAAGGAGUGGACAUCGCCACUGUGGCUCAGUCCGGGCCUGGCCUGGCCUUCAUCGCCUUCCCCAGAGCUGUAGCCAUGAUGCCCAUUCCUCAACUCUGGGCCAUCUGCUUCUUCCUUAUGAUCAUCAUGCUGGGGCUGGACACACAGUUUGUGAGUCUAGAGGCGUUGAUGACAUCUGUGACCGACUUGUACCCCCAUCUGAUCAGACGCGGCUACCGCAGAGAGCUCCUGCUGCUAUUUAUCUGCGUUGCAUGCUUCUUGAUCGGGCUGAUUAUGGUGACGCCGGGUGGUCUGUAUGUGUUCCAGAUAUAUGAUCAUUUCUCCUGCAGUGGAGCCAGCUUAUUACUUCUCUCCAUCUUCCAGUCUAUUGCAAUUGGCUGGAUCUAUGGUGCCGAGCGCUUUUGUUCAAACAUUAAGGACAUGACGGGCCACAAUCCCCUGCUUGUCUUCAAGCUGUGCUGGAAGUAUCUGACGCCAGCCGUGUGCACAGCUACCUUCUUGUUCUCCUUGGUCUGUUGGUCUCCAUUGAGCUUCGGGAAAGGCCUGGUCGCUCCAAGUUGGGCAACAGCACUGGGCUGGCUCCUCACCUUAUCCUCUGUGUCUCUGCUUCCAAUCUGGGCCAUCUAUGCACUCGCCAUGACGCCUGGCACCCUCACACAGCGUUUUCACACCUUGUGCAAACCCACCAUAAAUUCUCCACAAGCCUUCCAUCCCGGCAUCCUGCCCGAAUACAGAUCUGCAGUUCCCCUCAGCGAGAAGCCAAGGAAAGUAGUUGACGACGUCAUUUGAAACGACGUGGCUAAGCAUCAAUUUGUGAUGCACGUAAACUAUCCAGAUGUGAUCAAAAAGGGUGGAGUUGCUUUGGAUCUGUGACCUCUCCAGCUAUGCACGCCAAGCAAGUACAGUUUAGUUCAAUUUGUUAUGGCAGGAUUGUUUUUUUGAUUCUUUCUUAACGGUACAUUUUGGUGCGGGAUUCUCAACGAUAAACGUUUACGAUACCAGUUUCCUAAACUUUACGUUGUAGUUGUGGUGGCUACAAAUACUACGGUUAAGUGAUGAGUUGAUAGUCUUCACUUCUGCGCAAAUCAAAUCCUUUUAUGUUUCCUGUUAAGGGAAUGGCGGGAUGUUAGCAUCACUGUACUGUCAUGUUUUUUUAUUUUUUAAUAUUGAACAAAUUGGUGGGUAACACUCUUGCACAGCUAUGAUUUACAUGGCACAUUGUAGUUAUUGCCAUAUUGGCUGCAAGCUCAGCAGUUGAGAAUCAGGUAAAUCGAUUUUAGGACACAACAACAAAUCAUUUCUUUUCUUGACCUCCAUUGUAUCUUAACAUACAAAGUAUCCAUUGCUUAUUAAUUCUUUGAGUUCAUUUCUACAAAUUUGGUUGUGAAGUGGGAAAUGAUACCGCCAAAAAAAUCUCUGAGUUUACAUAUCAACAGUGUCUAUUUAAGAAUUGUGUCUCCUCCUGUAUUUGAUCAUUUGGUAAAUGUGUCUAUGUGUUUCCUGGCUGGCAUCCAGUUUACAAUGUACCCCGCUUCGGCGCCGACUGACCAAAGUCGUGAGCGGCUCAGAUAGUCGCUGGAUGGAUAAUUUUGUUUCACAUAAAUGUGUGGGGGAAAAUUGUGAUUGUAAAAUAUGUGAUUCCUAUUCAAUUGGUAUCGAGGCAGCUAAUAGCAAAACUUUCUAUUAUUGUUAAUUAAUACUGUACUGUAACCAAUUGUGACUUUGCAAAGUAACUGUACUUCAAUUAUUUCGCUGAGACAUAGAACCUAGUUGCAAUAUUAGGGCAAGAUAUUUCUGGCAUGAUUGAUAUUUACUUAGCUGCAUACACGAUGUGAAUAAAAGAGUGUGCACAUGUUCUUUUA